AUGGCCAACAUAGAGGCUUUACCCGAGCAGGUGCUGCUCAAAGUUCUCUCCUACAUCCCGGCAGGAGAGUUAGUUUUGACCUGUAGACUGGUCUGCCACCACUGGAAGAAGCUUGUGGAUGGGCGAAACGUAAAAGUUCAACACAAAAGGUCACUGAGGCUGAAGAAAAAGGAAGACCAGUGUGCAGUUUAUUUUUGCACGUCCUCAAUAAAGAAUCUAAUCAAGAACCCAUGUGGAGAAGAGGAAUUUGCCUUCUGGGAACUCACCAGUAACGGCGGAGAUAGAUGGAAGGUGGAAGACCUUCCAGGACACUUCGGAAAGCCCUUUCCAAAUCCAGAGAUCCAGAAAUAUUUUGUCACCUCUUACGGGUGGUGCGAAAAAUCUCAACUGAUUAACCUCAUCUCGGAAGGAUUUGAGGCAGAGAUCCUGGAUAACAUCCAACCUCCUAUCACAGUGCGGGACUGGUACGCAGGGAGGCAUGAUUGUGGUUUUGAGUAUGAACUACAUGUUGAGCUCCUCUCUGAAGACAUGAGCAAGAUCCAGGAGUACAAGACUGACAAGAGUGGCCCCCAGUGGAAUGAUUCAAAAUGGAGGGAGGUAUCAAACACUUCCUCAAACUAUGGGCCUGGUGUACGAUAGGUAAUGUUUACACAUGGAGGAAAGGACU